GAAUUAAAUGUUUAGUAACGAGUUAAAGAACAAUUAUUUUACAUCAGUUGUGAGUUUGAAUAAGUGAAAAAUUGUAUAUCUAGUAGAUAUAUAUUUCAAAAUUAAUUUGAAUUUUUUUAUUGAGAUACUUGAUUGCUCUGAAUCUUUUCUGCAUCAUAUAAACAAAACGUGUGAUAUUCAUUCUGUGAUAUUCUUAAUAGAUGAAAAUAUCAUAAUAUUAUUAAUUAUGCAGAAGUUGCGUUACCUUCACACCUUUCACAAGAAAUGGAUGUCUACAUAUGCUGGUGCUAAAAAAAUUGAUCCUAGAUUUAAAAAUCCUUGUAUAGAAUUACAACAGUUUAUUGAAACUCCCUUAUUUAAAGAAAAUGAAACUCCUUUCAACCCAAGUAUUCAAGAUAUGAAAAUCGCACAGAAACUUUUUAUGCCAGAGAAAGGACAUGAAAUCAAGCAUUUUGCUUCUACAUCUCAAAUUGAAACAUUCCCUCAGCCUAAUUUACCUGAGGUGACUUUUAUUGGAAGAAGUAAUGUUGGUAAAUCAUCAUUGCUACGAGCUUUGUUUGUUAGAGUUCCAGGCCUAGUGUUAAGAACUACUAAAAAACCAGGUCAGGAACAAAUUGUAAAUUUUUUCCAAGUUGGAAAUAGCCUUUUUCUUGUUGAUAUGCCUGGCUAUGGUUUUCGUCAACCAGAAGGUUUUCUUAAAGCUGUUGAAGGAUAUCUAAAAACUAGAACUAAUUUAAAGAGAACAUUUCUUCUUGUUGAUGGCAAAGUAGGCUUUCAAAAGUGGGAUGAGGUUGCUCUGGCAAUGUUAGAAGAAUUUAAAAUUCCAUAUGGGCUUAUUAUGACUAAAAUUGAUAAGGCUAUUCCAUCUCAAAGAGUUCGGAAUAUGUUGCAUUUGCAACAAAUAAGAAGUAAAUACACAUCUGGUUGCUGUUUAGCUCAGCCAUUCAUGAUCAGCUCUGUGACUGGAGAAGGAGUUGCAUAUCUGCAAGCAUACAUUGCUCAUAUUACUGGAAAUUUGUUCAUUAAAGGAGUUUGAAUAAUAUCUUAGAAAUUUUUUGAGAACUGUAUUGAUCUCAAACUGAUCUAUUAAACCUUUAUAGGUGAAAAAAAUGAAGUUUCUCAAGUCAAAAAAAUGAAGAAAAUGUUAGAUUUCUUAUAAAGUUGUAUAUAAUUUGCUAAAUUGUAAAUAAUUUAUUACUGAGAAGUUGUAAGUCAUAUUUGCUAAAUUCUUUAGUUAUACUGUUUCUCGAAGUAUCUCAUAACAUCUCUUUAGUCUUUUUAUUAGAGAUGUAUCAUACAAGAACGAAAUAUUCUAUAUUUUUAUAACUAUGUUUAUGUGAUCUUUAGUUCCUAUUUAUUUAUAUUUCUUUUUUCUAAUUUAACUAUUACUUCAUAAGAUAGCUAAAUCAAAACCACUGCAACUGUUACUAAUCAGUAUGGUAAACAAUAGCUUUCAAAGAAAUGUGAAUUCUCAAUUCAGCUCUCUAUUUUAUAUCAAAGUUUUGCAUUUAGACGUCAAAUCCUUAGUAUUCGUAAGAAUUAAGGAUUUUUAAGAUAGUCAUUUGUUAACACUAUCACUUGUUGAUAGUAAUUUGUUAGUCAUUCUAACAUGGUACAAUCAAUAGCUUUCUCACAAUAAAUUGACACUAAUUUAGUUUUCUAACUUCUUCAUUGAAACAAUUAUAGUUAUCAUUUAUUAAACUAAUUAUGAAAUUGUCAAAAUAGCUGUUAAUAAUAUUUUUAUGAGGUUAUCAAAAUAGCUAAUAUUGCAGAUUAGCUAUUAAAUGCUUAAAUAUUAAUUAAAGUUAAAAUGCGUGAAAAAUAUUUCUUUCUGGAAAAACAAACUUUAGUAUGAUUUGAAUUCCAUGGAAACAAUGUCAUUUAUUAAGUGUUAAUAGAUAAGCGUUUAGGUAUCUAGGUUGAAAAAAAAACACAUUUAUAUUGAUUAUAUAUUUUGAGAUUACAGAACUAAUUUGUUUUUUUUUUGUAAAUGUAUUCCAUGUGUUUAGUAUAAAAGCACUGGUUCCUAAAAAAUCAUGUUUACUGUAAUAUUAAGUGAAAUAAUCUUUAUGGUAUUAGCAUGAUGUUAAAAAUUCUUUUAAAGUGUUGUAAAUGCCAUCAUGUGAAAUGAAGUCAUAACUGGCCUAUUAUACUGUUUCUUCAUUUAGUUUAUUAUUUUGUUAUAUUAAUUGUACUUUUAUAUAAAUUAUUCAUUGAUUUUUUUAAUAAUUUAUUGCUUAAAAUUUUUUAUAACCUAAUACAUAAUAUUGCUUCAUUAUUGCUUUUUUUAAAUUAAUUAAUUCUUUUGCUACAAAUCUGAAUUUGUAACAAAGUCAACACUCAGUCAUAUUUUAUUAAAAUAUAAAAUAUGGUGCUCUUUAAAAACGAAAGACAGAACACCAUUUCUAAAACAACUAUCUUUUAAACUUUCGGGAUUUCAGAAUUUUUUUUUAUAUUAUCAAUUGGAAAUCCAUUCUGAAGCUAGGUCAUUACUGAAAUUUUUGUUAUUCUCAAAUGAGAAUCGAAGAAGCAUGAGCAUUUCUCUCUCCCCCUUUGCACGAGAAAAGUAUUCUUGGUACAUAAUAAUGCAGAAGAAUAAAAACUUUUUCAAAAAACUCUGCAGAAUAGAAAGCCAGAAUGUUUUGCCACAAUCUUGCAAUGAUUCUGCCACAAGAAUGUUGUCCCAGGAUUUUAUCUACUGUUUCCAUAAUUAUUUUAUUAAAUUAUUUAUGUUGUGUUGGCAUACAUAGAUCCCUGGAAGUACUAUUUUCAGAUAAGGUAGCCAUUUUAAAAACUGUCAUUAUAUUUGCUGUAUUCUAAGAAAAUAAAGCUUUGUCAAGGUAA